AUGCCUGUGGAUACCUCAAAGCCGACGCUCUCCUCUAAAAGUCGCCGCCCGUCCAAAAAAGACCUCGACGAAGACAGACAAGACAGCACGCAUGCACGGGAGAUUGAGCUGAAGCGAAGCAGAGGGGAGAUAUCAUGCGCUGAGUGCCGCAGGUGCGAUCAGUCGCACAACCCAUAG